AUGGAUGAAAAAGGUAUUCAGAUGGGUCUCGGAAAGCGCGUCGCGGCGAUUGUGGAUCGUGAUGCUCGGACAGUGUACCAAGUCGAGAAUGGGAACCAGGAAUUGGUAACCAUUAUCGAAGCCGUUUGUGCUGAUGGCACUGCCCUGCACCCAUCAGUGAUCUACCAGGGCCAGCGUAGAGAUCUUGAGUGGGCUCGGAAUAACCCAUGUAAAGCAAGGUGUAAACUUGGCUUGAAGUGGCUUCAGCGAGACUUCGAGCCAGUCACAGCUGCGCGGAAUACAAGUGGCGGCUACCGACUUCUCAUCCUUGACGGCCAUAACUCACAUUGCACAUACAAAUUCUGCAAGUUCGCAGCAGACCAUAAGAUCAUUCCUUGUGAUGUUGGUGUUCUUGGCCCACUCGCAUCAUGUUGGAAGGCCGAGGUCAAUGCAGCAUCGGCAAACAUGAUACCUAUUGACAAGCACAAUCUACUCGUCUACUACCAUGCUGCGCGACAACGGGCACUUAAGCCUACGACAAUCCGUUCUGCAUUCACGAAAACAGGGAUCUGGCCCCUCAACCCUGAUGCCAUACCAAGAUCGGCAAUCGAACCUUCUCUGUUGACGACGACAAAGGCAGCG